GGAUCUUCCAAAAAUAAGCACAUCUCAUUUGAACCAGAGGGGUGAUCGCCUUCUGUCAAUUGGUUCUCCUUUCGGCAUCUUGUCUCCCAUUCACUUUUUUAACAGUAUAUCGGUGGGAUCCAUUUCCAACGUUUACCCAUCUAACAAGUCACCAAGAUCAUUGUUGAUGGCUGACAUUCGAUGUCUCCCUGGAAUGGAAGGUAGCCCAGUUUUUGGGGAACAGGCAGAACUUAUAGGUAUUCUAUCCAGACCAUUAAAACAAAGGACUAGUGCAACUGAGAUUCAGAUGGUUAUCCCUUGGGAAGCUAUUGCAUCUGCAUGCAGUGAUCUGCUAGAGAAGCAUCCCCAAAUGACCUGGAAUGAUGCCCACCAUGACAAUGGAAUCUUUAAUAUUAACAGUGAACCUAUAAAGGACAUUCAUGGACAUAUCCGUUUAGGUCGUCCAUCUUCGUCCUCAAUUGACAAGGCAGCAGCUUCCAUUUGUCUCAUAACUGUUGAUGAUGGAGCAUGGGCUUCUGGUAUUUUACUCAACAAACAAGGCCUUAUUCUUACAAAUGCUCAUCUUAUUGAGCCGUGGAGAUUUGGAAAGGCAUCUGCAAUUGGUGAAAAACAUAAGACCAACCCCUGUGUUUCUACGCCUUAUGAUCAAACCAAAUGUCCAGGUGAUGAAAAAGUUGGCAUCCAUGCCAAAUGUCAAGGUUUACUGCAAGCAGGAGUGGGACCUCUGGACUUUUCUCUUAAAAGCGAGCAUAUAGGGUCUAACAUCCACCUGGAAAGGAAAGACCACAGAAGCAUACGUGUACGUUUGGAUUCUCUGGAUCCAUGGACAUGGACAAAUGCAAAGGUCAUUCAUGUCUCUAAAGGACCACUAGAUGUUGCCCUACUGCAACUUGAUUUUGUUCCAGAUCAGCUGUGCCCCAUUGUUAUAGACUUCAGACACCCCUCCCCUGGAUCAAAGUCAUAUAUUCUUGGUCAUGGCCUGUUUGGACCACGAUGCGAUUUCCUUCCAUCUGCUUGCCUUGGCGUGAUAGCUAAGGUAGUUGAAGCAAAGAGGUCCCCGAACCAUCAGACCACACAAGAAAGCUAUUUUCCUGCAAUGCUUGAAACAACAGCUGCUGUACAUCCUGGUGGUAGUGGUGGAGCAGUUGUCAAUUCUGAUGGGCUCAUGAUUGGCCUUGUCACAAGCAAUGCCAGACACGGCGGAGGGACUGUUAUACCGUAUUUGAACUUCAGCAUCCCCUGUGCAGCUUUGGAGCCGGUCUUUAAGUUCUCAGAAGGUGUUUUUUUAACUCCAUCAAAUCAUCAACUGAAGUCUUAGCUCUUAGUUCUUACAGUAAUUUAUAUUGACUUUUAACUCCAUGUGCAACGACAACAACAACCCAAUAUAAUCAAAAUGACUCUUAACUCCGUUGGGGUCUAGAUGGGUUAAGGUCUAGAUGGGUUAAGAUGGGCUAAAUCAAAAUGAGAGACUAAAUUUCAUCAGUCUGGUUCUUUUGACACCAGACUCUAGUUUCAUAUUAUUAUAGCGGCCAUUUGAGGCACCUACGGUAAUUUUGUUGGACC